AUGAUUCUUUUCGCACUUUUGCUUGUCUCAACAAAAUUUUUUUCUGUCUCCGCCGUGAAUUGUGGCACUCAUCCAUCAACCGUAGAAGCCCAUCUCCGUCAAACUCUGCUAUGCCAUUAUGAUCCAACCGAAAAACCGCGUUUCAAUUGGAGAGAACCCGUACAAGUAGAACAACUGGAUUUGUCAAUAAUCGCUUUUGAGUUCUUCGAAACGGGUCAUUGGAGCUCAAAACGUUCAAAAUUAUCACUUUACUGCUGGAUCCCGAUGCAAUGGAUAGAUGAAAAUCUGCGAUGGAACCCUGUUGAAUGGGAAAACACGAAAAAAGUUCAUGUCAGCUCGAAGGAAAUUUGGAUGCCUGACGUUGCGCUGCACAAUUCGGACAACGGAAUGAGCAUUUUGCGUCACAAAGAGACGAAUUGCGAGGUUGGCAGUGACGGGGCGGUAUUUUGUGUGUUGCCAGUAUCGUUUGAGGUGAUGUGCAAAGGAGAUUAUCAGAGAUGGCCUUAUGUCGAUCAACGAUGCAAGUUCUAUUUUGGCAGUUGGAUGUCCGCUGGCGACUAUAUUACGUACAAAAAUGGCAGUUUUGAGACGACUUACGACGAAGACGAGCAACAUGAGAACUCCAAAUGGAAAAUCACGAAGGCAACUACUCGCAUGGUGAAUGUCAAAGUUGGCGAGAAGCAAUUUCCGUCAUUUAUUCUUGAUAUGACGUUGUCCCCACGCUCCAUCGAGUACGAAAUUUGUCUUUACCCAAUGUGUCUUUUCAUCACGAUCGCCAAUUUGAUCGUUUUUUGCAUCAAUCCUGAACGACAAGCCAGAUUUUCCAUCAUUUUUCUCUCAAUUUUCUUACAUUACCUGAUCGUCAAUUAUUUUUUGUGGUAUUUGCCUGGCGUGGGAGAUGUUGUACCAGAUGUCGUUCAUUUCUUCAAAAAUUCCAUGAUUGUGACCAUCAUUGCGUUACUUGAAACUGUCGUUGUUCGUGCUUUACUGGCAGAAACGCUUCCAAUUCACAAAUCUCUUGAAAAUUUCGUGAUAAAAUUAAACACCCACGAAAAGGCGAACAUAAUUUUUGUGGAAUUCAUGCCGGGCUCUGGCGUGGUAGAACAAAAUUUGAGUCUACAAGAUGCGAUUAAGACGAAAAAUGAGAGCAAGGAGGAUAAAAUUUCGUUUUUGUUGGUGACUUUUAUCGAUAGACUGCUUUUGGUGAUGAUUUUUUUGAUGUACAUUGUUUAUUUUGGUGUCUUGACGUACGAUUGGAUGCUGGAAGUAACAAAGUAAAGUUUCUUUAUUUGGAUAGAUAUUCGAGACAGACAGCAUGGCAUCUGGAAUUGGUAAGUAUCAAGUGUUAGUUGUGAUGUUUUUGCGUUCAUUAAAAAAUAGAAAUGUAAUUUUUUAUGUAAAAUAAAU